AUGGCAGACUGCGAAGAUAAUAGGGAGGUGCGUAGUGGCUCUCAAAGCAGGGGGGACGAUAUAAUACUGGUUCCGCGGGCCCGUAACGAUCCUAUAGUACCGCCUCUGAACUUCUGUCCUGUAGAACGCUUCCUAUACCGGAGUGGACAACCUUCCGCGGUUAAUUUCCCCUUCCUACUGAACCUAGGUCUGCGGACCAUCAUAUGGCUUGCCAACGAAGAACCCCAGGACGCCCUUCUGGCUUUCUGCGACCUACACGACAUACGGCUCCAGUUUGCUGCAAUUAAUCCCGACGGCGGUGAGGAUGACAAUCCCUGGGAUGGUUUAACUGAGCAUUCGAUAGUCUCCGCGUUGCAGACGAUCGUUGACCAGGCCAACUACCCGCUGCUUGUUUGUUGUGGUAUGGGGCGGCACCGUACGGGCACUGUGAUUGGCUGUCUCCGAAGAAUCAUGGGCUGGAAUCUCGCAAGUGUUUCAGAAGAAUACCGCAGAUUUACAGGUUCAAGAGGUGGCAGAAUCCUUGUGGAACUACUCAUUGAGACCUUUGAUACUAAGUCUGUAACUAUUGACAGAGAAAAGGCGCCAGCCUGGUUGGUCAGUGCCAUUGACGGCGCUGGAAGUAUAUACACAACAGAGACCAUUACUACAGAGGAUGUUGGCGAUCAUCACAGUAAUGAUCAAUGCUAG